CAGCGUGCGUACUUAGUUGCUGAAAAACGCUAGGCCAGGCAAGAUGUAUCGCGAUAGAUCGCCGCCGCUGCCGUGGCUCCUCGUCCAUCUGUUGGUUUUUGCGACCGCUUGCUGCUGCUUGGCUGCAUCGACGUCGUCGUCUCUCGGCGAUGGAAUCAAGUCGGGGGCUCAGCAACGCUACGUCCCACCCGAGGCCAACGAGGCCGACGAGAACGGCGAGUGCGUCAAGCGCGUUCAGUACAGUGAAAAAGUUGCCGACGACAUUGACAGGGGAAUCGUCCAAUUAGCCCCGGCGUCCCAGCCUCUCGGACCAAAGCAGCCUGGAGAUUGGAUAUCGAUCGUCGAUUGCUGCGCCGGGUACGCGCGCAACGACGAGAGCCUCAGAUGCGAGCCCCAGUGCGACGAGGGCUGCCUCGGCGGAAAUUGCACCGGGCCGAACGUGUGCGUCUGCGAGCUCGGCUGGUAUCCCGAGGCCGGCGUCUGCAAGCCGAUCUGCCGCCAGAGGUGUCAGCUCAACUCGUACUGCUUCGCGCCCGACGUCUGCACCUGCCAGUUCGGCUACGAGGACGUGGGCGGCGUCUGUCGGCCGGCCUGCGCCAACGGCUGCGAGAACGGAAUCUGCGUCGCUCCCAGGGUCUGCCGCUGCUAUCCCGGCUACAGGCUCAACGAGACCGGCGUCUGCGAUCCCGUCUGCGAGGGCGGAUGCGGCAACGGCACCUGCACCGCGCCCGGCGUCUGCACCUGCGACGAGGGGUACAAGAAUGCGAAUUAUAAUCUGGAGCUGUGCGUGCCCGAUUGUCCGGGAGAUUGCUCGAAUGGUGGGACUUGUGUUUCGCCUGGAAACUGCGACUGCACAACUGGUUACGAGCAUCAGGACAACGGCACUUGCACGCCCGUCUGCCAAAAUGAAUGCGAAAACGGUUUUUGUGCAGCUCCCGACUUAUGCGAGUGUAAUCCAGGCUACAGAAUGGAUUAUCGAUCUCAAAAAUGUAUCGAGGAUCCUUAUUCGAGUGGUGGCUACCAAAACAUACCCAACAGAAAUCCCACAACGGCACAGCCAGGUGCGCGAGGCACAUUCCAACCGUCUAGCUCGGGUGCUAAUUAUCCCCAUCAACAGCAUGAAAAUCCUUUGAGAGGACAGCAGCAUGCCGAGGAUUAUGGUGGCCAGAGAACGGAAACUCCUAUCAAUCCGGUCUACGGAGUUACUCAAAAUGAGAGAAAUCCUACUACGGUCCGUCCAGGUCCGUUUGGAUCGUUUAGACCCCCGACAGCGAAUUACGAUCGACAAAAUGGUGAAAAUCCAUCGAGGGGGCAGUCACCUCACCAGCAGUAUGGAGAACAAAGACCAGUCUAUGGAAAUCAACAAAAUGAACGAAAUCCUUCAACCGUGCGACCAGGUCCGUACGGAACAACUCGACCAUCUGUUAAUGAUAAUCAAAGGCCGAUAUACGGAAAUCAACAGAAUGAAAGAAAUCCUUCGACAGUGCGACCAGGUCUAUAUGGCACAUCUCGACCGGCUGCUGAUGAUAAUCAAAGGCCAGUUUACCAGAAUGAAAGGAAUCCUUCGACAGUACGACCAAGUCCAUACGGCACAUCUCGACCAUCUGACUAUAAUCAAAGACCAAUUAACGGAAAUGCACAGACCGAAAGAUAUCCUGGUUCACAAGUUCCAAUCGGAGAUAGACAUGGAAAUCACGGAACCGAUGAUGAUCAGAGAAUAAAUAAUCCUUACGAAAUCUUCAGUUCGAUGGAUCAUCCUCAAGAAGUACUCGGUCUCGACGGAGUUAGUCAUAGACAAACUACUCCGAGACCAGAUGAUCCCUAUUCAAGGUACAACAAUGAUCGUCGGCCAAACUCACCUAGCAAUACUCAAGUACCGUACUCGAAUCAGAACAGAAAUCCUUAUGACAGAGAGGAUAUCAAUCGACAACCACACACGACUCGAAAACCAGCUACUGCUCAAGGAUUUUUCCCGGCUGAAGAUCGAAAUCCUUAUGGUUCGCGGGAACCCAGUCAAACUUUGGAGCCACCUAGGGUGACGGGUUUGGCAGAAGAUACUCACUUUGGACAAAGACUGUCUCCGGACACCCAUGGAAAUGAUCGAACUACGAUUGACCCGUACGGACGAUACAGUUAUACUCAGACUCAGAGACCCGUUGGAACCUCCAAUAGCCAAAACGACCCAAGCAGAACUCAGCAUCAAGGCCCCUACAAGACAUCGAAUCCUCACGCAGUUAAUCAUCAAACUUCUCCACAACAUCGACCUGAAACAUCCCAAGGUCAUUACAUCAACUCGGAAGGAUCUUACUUGCCUCCCGACCGUGCAAAUUCCCAAGGUGUCAAGAGUCCAGGCACGCAGAUUUACGGACGACCAGGCGUGAUACAGACCCAGCAAGGUUUUCCCGAGGUUUCGAUUUUGGCCUUCGAGAUGCACGAGAUCGCCCCCGGAAUCAGCGAGUUCUCCUUUCCCGGCGGGGAGGGCCCAGGAUUGAGCCUGUCGCCUUACGGCAUGUCGAAUCGUUUCGGCGCCGUGUGCUCGCACGCCUGCAUAAACGGACUGUGCGUGGGGCCGAACGAGUGCGCCUGCCUGCAGGGCUACGUGCCCGACUCGAGGAUUCCCGGAGGCCACGUGUGCGCCCCGGUCUGUCACGGUGGCUGCGCCAACGGCGUCUGCUCGGCCCCGAAUCUCUGCAUCUGCAACCCGGGCUACAUCCAGCAGAGCGGCCUCAAGGCCACCAACAGAUGCGUGCCUCUGUUCACGCACAUCGAGUAAAUUAUUUCACGUACCUAUAGCUCAUUCAGAUGUAGUGUUUUAACUUUACGUAUAAUCUAAUUUAUGAUAAUCUACGUAUAAUUAAUUAGUUUUGUAUUACUUUAACUGUUGUAACGCGGAAAAUGCUGUAAACUUCAAGUGGCUUUAUUAUGUUUAAUUAAAAAAUAUGAUGAAACUUGAGAA